AUGGUUAAAAAGGAAAACAAGAGAAAGUUGUUUCCAUCCUCUGUUAAUAAGACAGCAGCAGCAACAGCAAUAUCCAAAAAGGAUUUCCCACCAAUUAGAAGAACUCUUUCAGUAGAUUCAAUUGCUCCUACAAUUUCCUCCUUAUUUAAAAGGAAAAGAAAUCAUAGCCCCAAUAAUGAUAAAGAACCAUCACCUUCAGAAGAUGUCGAUGUAACUAAAGAACCAAUACUUAAAGAUUCAGAACCUGCUCAUAAAAGAAGAAAAGUAAAAACUCUUGAAGAAGAAGAAUUUGAGAAACGGGAAAAAGAAUAUGAUGAAAUGUUACCGCCAGAAUAUCGAAAAUUUAGACCAAAAGGUUAUAAAUUCAAUUUACCACCUAAAGAUAGACCUAUUAGAAUAUAUGCCGAUGGUGUAUUUGAUUUAUUUCAUAUUGGACAUAUGAAACAAUUAGAACAAGCUAAAAAAGCAUUUGAGAAUGUUGAAUUAAUAUGUGGAAUUCCUUCAGAUGUUGAAACUCAUGCCCGUAAAGGAUUGACAGUAUUAACUGAUGAACAAAGAUGUGAAACUUUAAGGCAUUGUAAAUGGGUUGAUGAUGUUAUCCCCAAUGCCCCCUGGUGUGUAAAUUCUGAUUUUUUAAAGAAACAUAAUAUUGAUUAUGCUGCUCAUGAUGAUUUACCUUAUGCAGCUGAUGAUACUGAUGAUAUUUAUAAAGAAAUUAAGGAAAAGGGGAUGUUUUUGGCUACGCAAAGAACAGAAGGGAUUUCUACUUCUGAUAUUAUUACUAAAAUUAUUCGAGAUUAUGAUAAAUAUUUAAUGAGAAAUUUUGCUCGUGGUGCAACUAGAAAAGAAUUGAAUGUUAGUUGGUUUAAAAAGAAUGAAUUGGAUAUUAAGAAACAAUUAAAUGAUUUUAGAAGUUAUUGGAUGAAGAAUAAAGAGAAUUUAAAUAAUGUUUCUCGUGAUUUAUAUUUUGAAGUUAGAGAAUAUAUGAGAGGUAAAAAAUUUGAUGUUUCCCAAUAUUUAGAAAAUUCAAAUAGUGCAAGUUCAAAUACUUCAAAUAAUAAUAGUGAUUCAGAAGAUAAUGGAUCUGUCAAAUUAAUGAAUUCUCCAUUAAGUGAAUUUGCAGCAAAAUAUAUUGGUAAUGCAAAUAAAGAAUUAAAUCUGGCCAAAAAAACAAUUAUUGCAAAUGUUAGAGAUUUUUUUACCGGAGAUGAUGAUGAUAAUGAUUCUGAUGAUUUUAAUGGUGAUGGUGACGAUGAUGAAAUUAAACCUAUAAAGAUUAAUUCUCCAAAUAAAUCGGUUGAUACACCACCAAGAAAACCAAAGAACAAUAGCUCUUUCACUACUCCUACAAAGCCAGUAAGGAAGACUAGUAGUACAACCCCCAAGGCAUCUAAAAUAGCUUCUACAUCUGAAGCUAGUUAG